AUCUGGCGGCUGUGCGGGGCGGGGCAGGAGGACGCCUGCGGGUUACCUCCUGGAGCCUGACAUCUAGGCUGAAGACUGCUCAGCGACGCCAACGAGCACGGACGCCCUCGAGCCUGCCUUGCUCACUGGUACCUAGCCAGAGAGGGAGAAGUGGACGGAAGAGUCGGGAAAUACUGCUAGGCGAGUUUAUCCCCAUCAGCACCAUGGACAACGCACGCAGACAAACUCAAGCUCGGCUGGAUGCUGCCUGCUUCUGGCAGAUCUGGCAGCGCUUCGACAAGGAAGAAAAAGGUUACAUAAGGGAGACAGAGCUGGAUGCCUUCUUUGAUCAUUUGCUGGCAAAAUCUGGCCUUGAGGACACUCUUAUGGAAGAAAAUGUGCAGAAAGUAAAAGAACAGUUGAUGACCGGCCAUGACGUCUCUAAGGAAGGCCGCAUACUGAUGAAAGAGCUUGCCAGUAUGUUCUUAUCUGAGGAUGAAAAUUUCCUCCUGUUCUUUCGCCUGGAAACUCCCUUGGAUAAUAGUGUAGAAUUUAUGCAGAUUUGGCGCAAAUACGAUGCGGACAGCAGUGGCUUCAUAUCAGCUGCUGAGCUUUGUAACUUUCUCCGAGACCUUUUCCUCCACCACAAAAAGAACAUUUCCGAGGCUGAGCUGGAAGAGUAUACUAGCACCAUGAUGAAGAUCUUUGACAAAAAUAAAGAUGGCCGUUUGGAUCUUAAUGACUUGGCAAGGAUUCUGGCGCUCCAGGAAAACUUCCUUCUUCAGUUUAAAAUGGAUGCUUCUUCUACUGAAGAAAGGAAGAGGGACUUUGAGAAAAUCUUUGCCCAUUACGAUGUUAGUAAAACUGGAGCCCUGGAAGGCCCAGAAGUGGAUGGCUUUGUCAAAGACAUGAUGGAGCUGGUCCAGCCCAGCAUCAGCGGUGUGGAUCUGGAUAAGUUCCGGGAGAUUCUGCUUCGCCAUUGCGAUGUCAACAAGGAUGGAAAGAUCCAGAAGUCUGAGCUGGCACUGUGUCUUGGGCUAAAAAUAAAUCCCUGAUCCCCAACUACUCUGCUCUCCGCUUAUGUGUUUGUACUCUUGCUGUGAGAAGUGUUUAUGCUUUGCUCUUGGGGUCCCAAUUAAUGGACCUUCUCUCUGACAGUUUGAUACUAUUGAUGGAGGGAGUGGCCCUAGGGUGCUGCUUCCAGAGGCAGCCAUGAUCUUGUCCCAUGGGAAGCCCCCAUACAGCUUCUUCCAUGUCCAUUCCUUGACCUUGGCCUAUCUCUUCAAGGGCCUCAGUUUACCUGCCCUGUUCAACCUUCCCUAUCACCUGGUGAUCCAUUCUACCAUCUCCUGUUUGUCCUUGAGCUUUCUGCUCAGUUAGAGUGUCACCUGUAUCAUGCUGUCACUUCUACAAAUAUGUCUUCUUGUGGAAAUAAAGCUGUGGUCAAGAAUAAA